AUGCCUCCACCUCCCCCUCCUCCCCCUCCGCCGCCGCCGCCGCCCGGAGGUCUAGGUGGCCCUCCCCCGCCUCCCCCAGGAGGAGGCCUGGCUGCCAGGCCAUCGAAGGGUGAAGUGAAAGGUCGGCGAGAGAUGCUAACAAGAGAGCAGGGCGCGUUACUAUCAGACAUCCAUAAAGGCGCUCGGUUGAAGAAAACAGUCACCAAUGAUCGAUCAGCACCACAGCUCUCAAAGUCAGGGGGAGGUUCAGCUGCACCACCUAUUGGUGGCGCGCCACCAGUUCCUGGGAUGAAGGCCCCUUCAGGGCUUGCACCACCUGUCCCGUCAGGUCCCGCUGCCAAUCGGCUGCGAAGCAACAGCGAAGGUGUAUCUGGGUCAGAUGGAGGAUCUAGCGGGCCAGCAGCACAAUUAGGCGGUCUUUUCGCAGGUGGAAUGCCAAAGCUACGCAGUCGCGGCGGAGUCGACACUGGAGCGGUUCGAGAUUCACCUUACCUGUCUGAAGGUGAAAGCACGCGACCUCCAGCUGCCCCUGCUCCUAAACCUCCUUCAGCCCCUCGUCCUCCUGGAGCACGCCCACCACCCCCGCCUUCUUCAGACUCGCUACCUACUCCCGCUCUCAAUCCAUUGAUUGCCAACCUAAAGAAGCCCCCUCCACGUCCGGCCUCAAGGCCAUCAUCUACAAUCUCCACAACCUCCUCAAAGGCAGCACCAGACGUCCCUCCUCCUCGUGCUCCUCCACCACCUCCUGGAGGAGUCAAGAUUCCACCACCUCCAGGAACACGCAAGCCUUCUGGAGCCCCGCCGCCUCCCCCAUCAGCUUCCCCUGCGGCUCCUCCACCUCCUCCCCCGCCUGCUCCUACUUCUUCCCGAGCUCCACCUCCUCCUCCAGCUGCUCCUGGUCGACCAACACCACCUCCUCCCCCGUCUGGGGCUCCCGCAUCAAUUGCUGCCCAAGCAGCACGUACUGCACUUGGCUCUGCCAGUUCUCCAGCAGCUCACCCUCCACCUCCACCACCCUCUGCUGCUCCAGCGGCUCCUCCACCACCUCCUCCGCCAGUCUCGGCCCCCGCCCCUCCACCCAGCGAGCCGCCCUCUCGCCCAUCCCCCGUUCCUUCGCGCCCAGUCUCGCAUGAGCCUCAUACGCCACUAAAUCCCAGUGCUUACACACUUACCAAUGGCGGCUCAUCUCCUGCACCUGGCCUGCGCGCAGCUCCUACGAACGGUCCUGUCCGAAUAGAUGACACCCGGUUCAAGUUCCAAGGUGAUGGGCUACUCCCCAAGCCUCGGCCUUUUACCGGCGGAUACGUUGAGUGGUUGAGUGCAUGGGACAUUGCGGGCGAUAUCGUGCACAAAUAG